ACCCACAGAGGUUUGAUUUUCAACAAACUCCUUUCCAGAAGACAGAAUGAAUCAAACCUCCUGUGCUAAGUUCACCCUACCAAUAGACUAUGAACACAGAUUCCUGCCUUCAGUUUACAUCAUAGUGUUCAUCAUUGGUCUGGUAGCUAAUGGAUGGGGAUUCAAAACCUUGCCACAGAAAUGGAAGAAGCUGGGGAACAUCAGUGUGUUUGUUCUCAACCUUGGACUUGCAAACAUUUUGUAUCUGCCCGUACUCCCAUUUUUGGUUGUGUACUACUUCAAGGGGAGUAAAUGGAUCUUUGGAGAUACAUUCUGCAAGAUAACAAGAUUCUGCUUCAAUCUGAAUCUAUAUGGCAGCAUUGGGUUCCUUACUUGUAUAAGUGUGUACAGGUACCUGGCUAUUGUUCAUCCAAUGAGAGUGAUGGGAAGAAUAACUGUCACCCACUCUGUGGCUAUCUCAGUCAUGGUUUGGUUCUUGGUGGGUGUACAAAGUCUUCCAGACAUGUUCUUCCUCAAAACCAAAAGACAAAAAUGCUAUCAUACCACUUUUACAGCCUAUGUUGAGGAUUAUCUGAAAUACAGCCUUGGAUGGACAUUCACUGGGUUUUGUAUCCCAUUCUUCAUCACACUGGGCUGCUAUGGACAUGUGAUCGCUGUUCUCUGUCGCAAAAAUACCAUUCACAAGGUACUGAAACAAAGAAGCUUGAAGUUCUUGUUUAUCUUGAUCAUUCUUUUCUCUGUUUGCUACAUCCCUUAUCACGUGUUAAAGAACCUCACCCUCAGAUCAAGAAUUCUGUCCAAAAAGAAGAUAUGCCAUGGGUGGUCUAAUGGAGUCUACAUCGCUCAUCAGAUAAGUCGUGGCCUUGUGUGUCUGAACAGUGCUCUCAACCCUCUGGUUUACCUCCAUGUGAAUGAAGAAAUUCCUGCUCAGCUCAUACAGCUGCUCCAGCGACCGUUCAACCAUUUUUCUUUGUCAAACUCUGGCUCUGUGUCUGUGGCACAAACUGCAGAAAGUUUAACACAAGUAAACAUGCUUCAUAGUAGUUCUGUGAAAUUAAACCCCUGACUGUCUCCCAUCAUCCAGUUGUGUCCCUUGUAAAAUUGAUGAAACAUUUUCCUGUCAUAUAAUCUUUGUAGAAUACUUCUUUAAUUAUUUCGUAUGUUUAUUUGUAAUUUGUGUACAUAUUAGAAGAACAGCAAACCACAAAAAGUCCUACAGUUUUUAUUGUUGUAGAGAAUCCCAGGCAUUGCAAUGUACAAAUUAAGAGAAAAAUGUGACAUUGUUAAACUGAUUUAGAUUACACUUUAAUCACUGUAUGCAAAAUUUGCUGAGAUCAAUUGUUGAUUUUUUUUUUUCAAAAGUAAAAAUUUAAAACAUAAUUUUUAUACUGGUGUUAAAGAUUUUGAAUUUUCAACACAUUCCAAAUAAUAUUUUCAUUUAAGUGCUGUGUAAUAUAUUGGUCCCUGUUGGUAUUCUGUAGACUCAGUAGUACUGUAAAUUACUGCUCAGUUUUAUCUCAUUAUUAAAGUCUCUUGCUUUA